CCACUCCUCCCUCGGCCCGAUUCACCCGCAAGAUCUCGACCCGCCGCGUCCCCCUCUUGCGUCGAUUGACGGGAGAGGCCGGGUCGGCGGAAGGCGGCGGCGAUGAGCGCGGUGAACAUCACCAACGUGGCGGUGCUGGACAACCCCACCGCCUUCCUCAACCCCUUCCAGUUCGAGAUCUCCUACGAGUGCCUCGUCCCCCUCGACGACGAUCUGGAAUGGAAGCUCACAUAUGUUGGAUCAGCGGAAGAUGAAACCUAUGAUCAGCAACUUGAGAGUGUGCUUGUUGGACCUGUCAAUGUUGGAACCUACCGUUUUGUAUUCCAGGCUGACCCACCGGACCCUUUGAAGAUCCGUGAAGAAGACAUCAUCGGUGUCACCGUGCUGCUAUUGACAUGCUCCUACGUGGGGCAGGAGUUCAUGAGAGUGGGUUAUUAUGUGAACAACGACUAUGACGAUGAACAGCUGAGAGAAGAGCCCCCAGCGAAGCUAUUACUUGAUAGGGUGCAGAGAAACAUUUUGGCCGACAAGCCCCGUGUCACCAAGUUCCCUAUCAACUUCCACCCUGAACCCGGCACGAGCUCAGAACAGCCGCAGCAGGAUGCAGAACAGCUGCAGCAACCGGCUUCGCCGGAACCACAGAUGGCUCCAGUAGAACCACAGACGGCGCCACUAGAGGACGGCACGGCUGAUGAAAUUAAGCCCAGCGCUAUCGCCCUAUGAUCGGAGUUGGGGUGCUAAUGUUCUGUUCUCCGUGCCUUUGAGGUGUGUCUUGUAAUGCUACGAAUCAAGAGUGGUGGUUCUGCAUUGUACUGGUCUGUUGUUGACGUUUCACAAUCUGUUCUGUUGCAAAUGUUCGGUGUGUAGCUAUUUUCUUGAUAAAGAGUACUUCUGCCUGUUUUGUUGCA